AUGCCUGUAGUUAAUGUCGACCAGCUCGUCCGGCUCCAGCGGAAGCCCGAGGACAUAAGAAAUAUCUGCAUUUUAGCCCACGUCGAUCACGGCAAAACAUCUUUGACGGACAGUCUCAUAGCCACAAAUGGCAUCAUUUCACCCAAGUUGGCGGGUAAGAUCCGCUACCUGGACUCUCGCCCGGACGAGCAGCUCCGAGGUAUUACAAUGGAGUCUUCAGCUAUCUCAUUGUUCUUCUCGAUGCUUCGCCGCCCAAGUCCGGAAGCUGCACCAGCCCCUAGGGAGUAUCUGAUCAACCUAAUUGAUUCACCUGGACAUAUCGAUUUCAGCAGCGAAGUUUCAACCGCAUCGCGUCUUUGCGAUGGUGCAGUGGUUCUCGUUGAUGCGGUCGAAGGUGUCUGUAGUCAGACUGUGACAGUCCUGCGACAGACGUGGGUCGAGCAGUUGAAGCCGAUCUUGGUUAUCAACAAGAUGGACCGCCUGGUAACAGAGCUGAAGAUGAGCCCUGCCGAGGCCUUCUCGCAUCUUAGUCGACUGUUGGAACAGGUCAAUGCUGUCAUUGGCAGUUUCUACCAGGGUGAGCGCAUGGAAGAAGAUCUGCAGUGGCGUGAGCGUAUGGAAGAACGUAUCAAUGCUUCUGCAGCUCGAGAUAAAGACCCAAAGAAAUCUUCAGCAGAUGAUGAAUCGGCAUCAAUUAUUACCGAGUCGACUGAGUUUGAAGAGCGCGACGAUGAAGAUCUUUAUUUUGCUCCUGAGAAGAAUAACGUCAUCUUCUGCAGUGCUGUCGAUGGGUGGGCUUUCACUAUCAGACAAUUCGCUGCCAUUUACGAAAAGAAACUCGGAAUCAAACGCACCGUCUUGGAGAAAGUCCUUUGGGGUGAUUAUUAUCUAGACCCUAAGACGAAACGUGUCUUGGGCGCAAAGCAUCUUAAGGGUCGAGCUUUGAAGCCCAUGUUCGUUCAGUUGGUUUUGGAUAGCAUUUGGGCAGCCUACCAAGCUACCACGGGUGGUGACAAAGGCAAAGGGGACCCGAUCUUGCUAGAAAAGAUCACCAAGUCACUGAACAUUAACAUCCCGCCAUAUAUCUUGCGUGGACGUGACCCCAGGAACAUCAUGAACACAUUGUUCUCUCAAUGGCUGCCGCUAUCUACCGCAUUGCUGGUUUCCGUUAUUGAAUAUCUCCCCAGUCCCCCGGCCGCCCAAGCCGCACGACUACCGGAAAUGAUUAAAACAUCACCUGGCGCUGAUUUCAUCGCCGAUGAUAUCAAGAAGGCCAUGAUUGAGUUCAAGACAGGGCCCGAAGAACCCGUCGUGGCAUAUGUCAGCAAGAUGGUUGCGAUCCCGGAGAGCGAGCUUAUGGCUAGUAAAAAGCGAACCACUGGCACCAUGACCGCAGACCAAGCUCUUGAGAUCGCUCGCCGCAAGCGAGAGGAGAUUGCAAAGAUGCAGGCAGAGGCCAGCAAUGGAAAAGCAGAUGACUUUGAACGCAUGACAUCGAUGUUCGAAACCACCUCACUGAUCACCGAGACGACGGAUGAACCAGAAGAAGAGCAUGUGGAGAAAGAGGACCCCGAUCACCUUAUUGGAUUUGCACGUUUGUAUUCAGGAACCCUUUCGGUUGGUGAUGAAAUCUACGUGCUCCCGCCCAAAUUCUCACCGGCCCACCCGCACGCUAGCCCGGAGCCAAAGAAGGUUACAGUCACGGACCUGUACCUGAUGAUGGGUAGAGCCCUUGAGCCUCUCCAGUCCGUGCCAGCUGGUGUGGUAUUUGGAAUUGGAGGUCUUGCAGGCCAUGUGCUGAAGACAGGCACACUCUGUAGUCGACUGGACGGAAGUAUCAACUUGGCUGGUGUAUCGCUGAGCAUGCCGCCCAUCGUCCGAGUUGCGCUGGAACCGGUCAACCCUGCCGAUUUGAGCAAAAUGGUCACUGGACUGCGACUGCUUGAACAAAGUGACCCCUGCGCACAGUACGAGGUGCUUCCUAGUGGUGAACACGUUAUUCUCACGGCAGGUGAACUCCACUUGGAGCGUUGUGUGACGGAUCUCCGGGAGCGGUUCGCACGUUGCGAGAUUCAAACCGGCGAGGCUAUCGUCCCUUAUCGUGAAACUAUUGUUCAUGGACCCGAGAUGGCCGCACCUAAAAACCCAGAGCUUGGACGUGGAACCGUUCUCACCGUUUCCGCUUCGAAGCAACUGACGCUUCGUCUUCGUGUGGUCCCAAUGCCAGAGGCCGUGACUGAGUUCCUCUCCAAACAAGUUAGCACGAUCAAGCAGCUCCAAUUGGAGAAGCGCUCAGAGACGGAAGGCAAGACAGAUACCGAGAAUGCAACCGAAGGUGCCAUCGACGGCACUGGCGAGGCGCCCGAAGGCCACAUUCUCUCCAAGCAAGAGUUCCGCGAAGGACUCGAUAAACUGUUCGACGACGAGAUCAAGGAAGACAAGGAACUAUGGAAGAAUGUCGUCGACCGAAUCACUGCCUUCGGACCCCGAAGAGUCGGACCCAACAUUCUGGUUGAUGCAACAGCAGUCAAUACAUGCGAGAAAUUCUUGGCCGACGAUAUCAAACAACAGAUCGCAGCUGAUAACCAGCAAGCGCUCCUCGUGCGAGACUUCAACGACAAGAUCGCCUAUGCCUUCCAGCUUGCAACAGGCCAAGGACCCAUGUGCCAGGAGCCCAUGCAAGGCGUGGCCGUCUUCUUAGAAGAUUUAUCCGUGCAAUGUAACGCAGGCGACGAACUCGACAUGGGCCGGUUGACGGGCGAAUCAAUCAGACUAGUCCGCGAGGGUAUCUCGGCAGGAUUCCUGGACUGGAGUCCUCGCAUCAUGCUCGCAAUGUACAGUUGCGAGAUUCAAGCGACAACCGAAGUCCUGGGCCGCGUCUACGCAGUCAUCACCCGUCGCCGAGGCCGUAUUCUCUCCGAAUUAAUGAAAGAAGGCACACCUUUCUUCACUAUCCUGGCCCUCCUCCCCGUAGCCGAGUCCUUCGGAUUCGCCGAGGAGAUCCGCAAGCGCACAUCCGGCGCCGCACAGCCCCAGCUCAUCUUCGCAGGCUUCGAGGCUCUCGACGAGGAUCCCUUCUGGGUGCCUGCCACCGAGGAAGAGCUGGAGGAUCUGGGUGAGCUUGCUGACAAGGAGAAUGUCGCGAAGCGAUACAUGGACGCCGUGCGCAAUCGGAAGGGUCUGGUUGUUCAGGGCCGGAAGUUGAUUGAUGCAGAGAAGCAGAAGACAUUGAAGAAAUAA